AUGGCGAGCCCCGCGCUCUCUUCUUCCUCCUCCUCGUCUCGUCCACCUCCUUCCUCCUCUCCGCUCCCAAUACCUCAGCCCUCCACCCCCACUGCCCCUCCGUCUCCUCCCACUCCACCUCCACCUCCGACUACUCCCUCCUCCGCCCGACGCCAGCCAGCCGACGCUGCCGAACCCAUUCAAUGGCGUCUUCAGGCCGGUGUCCUUCACGAACGGCCGGGGUACUACAGGAGCAUGGCGCGGGAGUUCUUGAUGGCGCACAAACCGCAUUCGCUGCGUUGGUGGGGCGACGCCAUCCGAUGGACCAGCAUCUGGCGCGGUACCGCGGCGGUGGUCGGACCAGCUGCGCAGCAAUUGCACCAUGGAGCACUCGAGGGGCCGUACGGAGAGAACUUGUUCUGGGCACCGGGUGGACUGGAAGGCGACCGACGUGGUGCUCAACUGGGCGGAGGAGCACGCGUUCUACAACCCCGCCAACAACUCGUGCUCGCCGCCGGACAGAAAAUGCCAUGGCUGCAAUGCCAGCACCCAGACUUUGGAAUCUCAGUACUGUUAAAGUGA